UAUUAUGAUGAAUAUCACCUCAAUACCAUUAAUCUCCAUUUUUACUGCAUUACAGACGUGUACAACAAGAACACAGACACCUCAGUGACCGUCGGUAAGAACGGAGUCAACGUCAACACCGGCAAAGACACCACAGUUAGCGUCGGCAAUGAUGGGGUCAACGUCAACACCGGCAAAGGCACCACAGUCGACGUCGGUCAUGGCGGAGUCAAUGUCAACACUGGUAAGUCAAAGCCUGGCGGCACCACCGUUGGGGUCGGAAAAGGCGGAGUCGACGUCCACACCGGCAAAGGCACCUCCGUCAACGUCGGCCACGGAGGCGUCGGCGUCCAAACUGGUCCAAAUCACAAGCCCGGCGGCACCACCGUCAACGUCGGCAAGGGCGGCGUUGGCGUCGUAGUGAAACCCAAGGGCAAGCCCGUCGUUGUCCACGUCAGCCCCUUCGUCUACAAUUACGCCGCUUCCGAUGAUCAGUUACACGAUGACCCUGCCG